GAGACCCAACGUAAACAACGCGGCGAGUCAUGGAAACUGGCGGCGCAUCGCGGCCGCUGCACGUACUGCUUACCGGUCCACCAGGUAUAGGAAAAACUACAGUAUGCAAGAAGGUUGCAUCUGCACUGGAAAAAAAUGGCAGCAGGUUCGACGGGUUUUACACAGAGGAAGUGCGAGAUCAAAGCGGCUCCAGGAUUGGCUUCGACGUUGUGAGAGUAACAGAUCCCGGAAGGAGAUUGUCCCUGGCACGAUUGAAAAGCUUAACAGAGGCGCAAAAGGACUCCAAGUAUCAAGUAGGAAAUUAUCGUGUCUUCCUGGACAAUUUCGAGGCAGUAGCGCUUUCGACAUUGGAUUCGGAUACUGAUAUAUUGUUCAUCGACGAAAUCGGCAAGAUGGAGUUGUUCAGCAAAGACUUCAAGAAGAGAGUAGCGGACGUGUUGCUUGGUUCUUUUAAGAAAGCAUUCGUGAUCGGGACAAUUCCGCAGAUACACAAAGUGCCACAACAGCACGCGAUGCUAUUCGAGAAGCUGCACGCAGACGCACGAAUCAAGAUUAUAAACGUGUCCCAUGGAAAUCGGAAUAGCUUGCCGGAGGAAAUUAUGCGUUACUUUUCAAAAUUUGUGCGGUUGAAUACUCACCCAUAGCUUCUAGAUUAAUCAUAUCGGC